GUGGAUACUUUGUGAUUUAUGUUGAAAAAUGUAUUUUACAGCUCCUAUGCUAGCUAUUUGGCAACGUUUUAGAAUGGCAAAAUUUUAUGCCGUUUUUCGAGGCCGUAAAGCAGGUGUAUACACAACAUGGAACGAUUGCAAAAAACAAGUUGAUGGCUUUAAAGGGUGUAUCUACAAAAGUUUUGCUGGAGAAUCUGAAGCUAAGAUAUUCGCUAAAACUGGAGAAGUUGGAUUAGCUGUAAAUAAAUUAGACAAGCCUUCCAGCUCAAACGUGUCUACAGCUGCUUGCUCGAUAGACUCGAAAAUAUUGAUGGAUAUUUUUGGAGAUCCAAAUGAUGAUGUAUAUUCCGAUGAAGAAGGGCUUACAGUAAAAUCAAAAUCUGCCAAAAAAAGGAAAUUGGAUAGUUCAAAGAAAACCAAACAAGCCAAAGUUUUAAAAAUAGAUACAGGCUUAACAUGCCAUGGCUCUAACAAAAAAAUUAUCAAUGAUAUGGCAUUCAGCGUUGAUGAAAAGUCAAACCCUGUUGUGUACACUGAUGGUGCAUGUUCCAAUAAUGGUAAAAAGAAGGCUGUCAGAGCUGGGUAUGGCGUGUGGUGGGGUGAAAAUCACCCUCUGAACAUUAGUGCCCGAUUGGAGGGAGUACAGACAAAUCAAAGGGCAGAAAUAGCCGCAGCCAAUGCUUGUAUUAAACAGGCUGUCGAUAAAGGACUCAAAUCCAUAACCAUAAGAACUGAUUCUAUGUUUAUAAUUAAUUGUAUAACAAAAUGGGUACCUGGUUGGUUAAAGAAGAAGUGGAUCAAAAGUGAUGGUAAGCCUGUUGUGCAUAAACCGGAAUUUAUGACAAUGCUAACAAAUUUGAAAAAUGUAGAUGUGAAAUGGGAGCAUGUUAGAGGACAUCAAGGUAUCUAUGGCAAUGAAAUGGCAGACAGAUUAGCUGUCAGGGGUGCCACAAUGUAAUUGGUGUCCUAUUUGAUUCCAAGACAACAUCAGACAAUUAAAAAAAAGCCUUUUGUCAUGUUCACAGACAUAAGAUUAUUUCCACAGCCAAAUGUGUUUUAUUCAUUUGGAGACCUCCAUCAAAACAAAUGUGCUCCUGAGCAAAUUCUCUACAUCUCCAUUUUGUUGGCCUUAAUAUGAUUUUACCAAUCAAUCAUUAAUGUAAGGAUAGGGGAGUCAAUUUAUAAUAUAUGCAAGUUUGCAUAUAAAUCUAAUUUUCAUAGGUACUGUCAAAAUAGUAUUCAAUCUGACCUUUACACUUAAACAGUUUUGAGAUAAGGAAACCCAUUCUAGGAAGGAGGAUGCUAUUGCUGAUAUGAACUAUAUGCUGACCUACAUUCAAUCAUGUUUCAAUAUCACAAUUUUAAUAAUUUCGUGUAGAUGUAUUUUUUUAGUUUCGUUCGAAUGCAACUUUCUUAGGAUUAUGACUUAUUUUCUUAUUAUUUAUUUCAUUAAAUGAUGACAACUGCAUUGCCAGGGAUUUA